ACGUUCUGCGGCAUUUUGGGUGACUCGACGCAACGGUCGCGUCAACACAACAAAAUAGUAUGUGGUCUGUGAGACACGUAGCACGACACGGGGGGCGGACUGUGGGUAUCGGUGUGUUUACAGACUGAAACGACGGGCCCCGCUGAUACCCCAGGUCYGCUCCGGGUCUGGAUAAAGGCCGCCUGCGUGGAGUUUCCGUGGGUUUGACGAGGCUGAACUUUUCCGGACCCGCACACCAACGGUACGACACCAGCACAGUGCUGACGGGCUGCACGAAAAGCGACGGUAAAUCACAGUCCUCCGGGGCCGGGGGUGGCAGACCGGUACGCCCCACCUGAGCGGUGACCCGGCCGAAUUAUAAAGCAGGACCAGUAUGAAAAUSCGGCGAUGAUCGAACUGGUGGAAAGUUGGGAGCGGCGGCGCCUUAAAGGGAUGUGUUUAAAAACCAGAUGUUUCUGAAAGAGAGUUCGCUUUGAGAGGAGGAUCCAGCCGUCCUGGUCGCUUAACUGAAACUUCCCGACAUGUGCGAGGUGGCCAUGGAGGAGCGGGACAGCGAGAUCACGGACAUCGAGCGGCGCUCCUCGGUGGAGGAGAGCAGGCUGGUAGUGGUGGCGGCAAACCGCAGACGGGUCCGUCCGCCGCUCAGCGUGGUUCUGGCCACCGGGCUGUACUGCGCCGAGUUCAUCACCGCCUCGCUGCUGUGCGUCAGGUACCACAAGUUCAACGACGUCAUCUGGUUGGGCUUCACCAUCGCCUUCAUGCUGCUGCCCGCCGUGCUCAUCCAGUUCACUUUAACCUUCAUCCACAGAGACCUGGGCCGGGACCGGCCUCUGGUUCUCUUUCUGCACCUGCUGAUGCUCGGCCCGGUGAUCCGGUGUUUCGAGGCCCUGUGGGUGUAUUUCAAGGCGGGUAAGAAGGAGGAGCCCUACGUCACGCUGUCCAGGAAGAUCAGCCUGAAGAAGGGCCAGCAGAUUCCCAUGGAGCUAGAGAUCGGCCAGACGGAGCGCACGCUGGCGACGCACAGGAACGCCUUCAAACGCACCGCCGUCAUUCAGGCRUUCCUGGGCUCCACGCCUCAGCUGACGCUGCAGCUGUACGCCACCAUCCAGGAGAAAGCCAACACCGAAGGGAGACUGCCUCUGAUGAUCAUCACCCUCAUCUCCAUCGUGUACGGCGCGCUCGUCUGCAACGUUCUGGCCAUCCAGAUCAAAUACGACGACUACAAGGUGCGCCUGCGCCCYGCGGCCUACCUGUGCAUGAUCGCGUGGCGAGGCCUGGAGAUCGCCACCCGGAUCACGGCCCUGGUCCUGUUCAGCACGGCGCUGACUUACUGGGUGGUCCUGGUGGGYGGGGUCAACCUUCUCCUCUUCUUCUUCAUCCCCUGGGUGAAGUUCUGGGUGAAGGGGGGCUCGUUGGACGCCGACGUGGAGAAGAACUUCUCUAAGCUGGGCACGGCGGUGGUGCUGAGCCUGUUCACGCUGCUGUACGCCUGCAUCAACGUGUUCUGCUGGUCGGCGGURCAGCUGGACCUGGCCCACCGCGAGCUCAUCGAGAGGAAGCAGAGCUGGAGUGGCCUGGCCACGUACUACUCUGCGCGCUUCGUGGAGAACUUCCUGCUCAUCACGCUGUGGUACUUCUACAAGUCGGACUUCUACGUGUACGUGUGCGCCCCGCUGCUGGUGGUGCAGCUGCUGGUGUGCUACAGCCUGGCCGUGCUCUUCAUGCUGCUCUUCUACCAGUUCUGCCACCCCUGCAGGCGCCUCUUCACCUACAACGUCCACGACUGCCUGCGCUGCGUCUGCUGCCGCCGGGAGGGGCGCGCGGCGGGGAGCGGGCGGGUCGACCUGCCGCCGUCUUACUCCACGGCCGCCACCAUGGUUCUGACGUCGGAGGAGCCCGUGCACCUGCUGGACCCCCAGAACUCCCACCCUGCCAGCAGUCAGCCGGCGGAACAAGAGACAGACUGUUAAAGAUGUUGCGCUGAAACGUCGAUGCAUAAAUUGUGUUUGAAGCUACAAAGGUGUGUUUUAGAGAACAAAGUGAAGUGAACAAAACAUCUCAUUUUUUUCAGCUCCUGGCGUCUUCGUCGAUGAUUCUUACAAACGCAGAGGAGCCACCACGGGCUUAACCCAAAGAAUGUAACGCUUUGAGACACGCAGCGCUGCACAAAGGUGUCUGUUCAGAGAGCAGCACCUGAGCCAGGUGUAGGAGAAGAAUGUGCCAACUGUGUCUGAAGCGUGCGGGACUCUCCCUCCUCCUCACCUCCUCUCAGGGCUUUUACAUGUUUGCGUCUGAACUACUCAACCUUUAAAGACAAAAAGAAAUCUCUGCUGGAAAAGGCAAAACUAAACAAAAUGACAGAUUUGCUUUCUUUUCCUGAUGCCUUUUAUUGUUUACUGUCCACUUGCCUUUAAUGAGGGGAAAUGUUUGAUGUUGCGAAAGAACAAAAAUAAAAUACGAGGAGACGGAGAGGCUGUUCUGUCUGAGAAAGGAUUUCAGAUUAUCUGAGUUUGCCUUCAGGAUUAAUCUUAAUAUUUGAGACRACUGACACUAACUUUGCUGAUGUGCUUUAAUAUAAUUUUUUAUGUUCAGUUUGGUUAACAGUGCCUUGACUAUUGGAUUACUUGAAUCUUGAAUAAAGUUAAAAAACACUGACCUAC